AUGUUUAAUUCCAAUGAAUUUGAAGUUUUAAAAACAAUUUCGGAUGGCUCAAGUGAGGUCAAACUCGCUUAUAUGGCAACUAAAAAAAAGCACGUCGUCCUUAAAUUUUUAAAAGAACAUAAACAAGAUGAAUAUUACAAGAAAUUUGACAGAGAAAGAUCUGAAUUAAAAGACACAAAAAAAUUGAAAACUUUUCUUGCUCUUGAAAAUAGAGAAGAUCCUAUUAAUUUAACACCUGUAGAUUACAAAGAACUUUAUUGUGAUUUAUGGAAUUCGCAUCCUAAAAAACGACCGUCAAUUAGCGAAGUCAUUAAUCGCCUCAAUGAUAUUGAGUUUGAGUGUGUAUAUCAAGAUUCUGAUUAUAUCACAGAGAUUUCUUUAAAGAAUAGGAUUCGAGAUAUUUCGAAAAGUGCUGCUUGUUUAGAGGUUAUUAAAGGAUCAGCUUUAAAUUUAUAUAUUUUCCUUCCUCCAGGUGUAAUAUCUGUAGGAAGGAGUAGUUCGAACGAUGUCAUCAUAAAAGACCAAGAAAUUGCCAAAAAACAUGCAAGAAUUACUGUAACUAUUCAAGGACAAGUCGAAAUCAAGGAAUUAGAAUCUGAUUAUGAGAUUUUUGUUAAUGACAAAAAGCUUGGAUCUCUUGCCUCCCAUCUUUUAAUAAGAGAUGACGUGAUUUCAAUGGGGCGUAGCAAAUUUCAAUACCUUCCUAUUGGAGAAUAUAAAAGUCGGAUGGAUGAGCUUUUGUCAAUAUAUAAUGUUAGUUAUUUUUUGAAGAAAUUGGAGAAUGAAUUCAAGAGUGCGAAAGAAAAUAUAUGGGAUUUGAGCUUGUUAUUUUUUGAUUUAGAUCAUUUUAAAAGUAUAAAUGAUCAAAAUAAUCAUAUAGUUGGAAAUUAUGUUUUAAAAGAGUUAGCAAUUUUGAUUCAAAAUAAUCACGUCCGUUCCGUGGAUAUUUUCGCGAGAUAUGGGGGAGACGAGUUUACUAUUCUUCUCAAGGGCACUAAUAUAAGCUCUGCCUCUAAAAUUGCUGAAGAAAUUCGAAGUUCUGUUGAAACCCACUUGUUUAUUUAUAAAAAAACCGAAUUACGAGUUACACUUAGCAUUGGAGUUUCCGAAAUGAAUUCGUCAGUUGAUACCUGUGGCGAAUUACUUCUUCAAGCUAACAAAGCAUCGAAGAAAGCUAAAGAAUACGGCCGCAAUCGAGUAAUAAGAUGGAACGAGAUUGAAAACCUUCUAAAAGGGUCACAUGAUAAAUCUACCGAAUGUGGAAAUAAGGAUAGAGCAUCGUUUUCUUCCUUUUCCUCAACAGCGGAUGCUUCUUUUCCCUCAAUAACAAAUACUUCUUUUAUUUCAACAAUGGAUGCAUCUUUGUCUUCUACAAAGGAUUCUUCUUUGUCCCAGAUAAUGGACGACGAAAUUGGCAUCACAAUAAUCAAGUCAGAUUCAGAAAAUAAUGAGACAAACUGUAUUAUGCAUUUUCCUCGAAAGGAAACUCUCAAAUUUAUUCGAACUAAACUCGAAUAUGAUGAAUUUUAUAUGGGAACUAAUUGCCAUUUUAUAAAAAAUAAGUUCCCAGUUUCACGAAAUGAGGAAUCAAAAUUGAAUUUUUUGCAAAUAAUCGAAAAACAUGAUAAUGGUAACAAUUUUUUAUAUAUUAAAGAAAAGGCAGAAUUCGAUAAGUUACAGUUAAAAAAUGAGAAAGGUUUCAAAUUUGAUAAAAGUGGUUCUAUUGAAAGUGCAAGUGAUAAAGCUUUUAAAAUCGAUAUCAACAAAAUUGAAUUUUCGGAUCCAGGAUUUGUUCGUGAAGAAAAAGAAUACAAGUGCAACCAUGCACCUAACGCUAAUUGUAAACGAAACCUUAUAAUUGAUGAACAGUUUUCGGUUGCUUUAGAAUGGUUUUGUAAUUCGCUUAAAUUAUCUUGGAAACACCCCAAACAGUCAAACAUACAUUUAUGUGAAUGGCGACCCAAAAAAGAAAUUAUAAUUUCAGACAUUAGUGCAACAAAUGAAUUUAUCAGCGAUGUUAAAGCUGCAUUAAAAAAUAAUGAAAAAGACAUAAUAAAGUAUCUCCGUGAUGUAUCAGAAAAAUAUGGACAUUUUUAUGCGCGUCGUCUUGUUUUAGGAGGGGCUAGAGUUAAAAAUAAAUCACAUAUCAUAAAUUCAGAUGAGGAUGCACAGAGUUUUCUUGGCGACAAUACAGAUAAUUAUACCUCUGUUAUUGGUGGGGACAAAGAAAAGUAUUCAGAAAAUGGCAUAAAAUCUUGGGACGAAUCCCUCAAAGAUGGAUCUACAUGGAAAAUAAUUGGAUAUGAUAAAAUUUAUUCAUUGUUUGAAUUAUUGAAUGAGAAGUUACAGAAAAAAGUUUUAGGUGCUUUGGGCCACCGAAUUUUGAAAGCCGGCACUGAAGAUAUCCAUUUUGAAUUGAAAAAUUCUGCGAAAGUGAUAACUCCAUACAUACAUCCUUUGUCUCCGCGCAUAAAGGAAAUUGGAGAUGUAAAUAAUUACCAAGUUUUUGCGUCAAUCAUGAGCAAAAGUAAUAAAAAUUUGUUUUCUGCUCAUAUAGACUACGUGAACAAAGAUAAAAAUACCCCAGUAAUUGUUGUUCACAAUAUUAAAAGGGAAAAUUCCAGUUCUACAACUUGUAAAAUUAAACUAGGAUGGAUUAUAGUUGGUCCACUUACAAACUUCGAUUUUAACGUCCAAUAUCCAUUAAUAUUUAGAAGUAUGAAACAAAUGGUAUCCGUAAAAGAGAAUCAUUGUCCCGUAAAAAUUAAUAAUUAUAAAACUUGUAUUUUGGGCAUUUGCGCAUUAGAAGCAGAUUCUGAAUCAAGUUCUAUAAGUAAUAAUGAUUCCAUGAGAAACGAAAAUUCUCAAUUAAAUUCUGCAAGCAUUGUGGAUUCAACAGAGAACAUUCCGUAUGACAUAAAAUAUGAUCCGGAGACAGUGGAAAUUAUCGUUGGUACACAUUUCUCAACUUAUAAGGAAUCCGCGUGUUUGUUUGUUUAUAAUCUUAAAGAUAUAGACAAGCCUGUUGACGAAACAGUAUCGCAAAACUUAGCGCUAUACACAUGUGUUGUUGAUGUUGAUACUGAUGAGAAGGUUAAAUUUGGUCAAAAGUCUGUUGAGUGGGAAAGUUCUAAGCAGGAAGGAAUAUCUCACGGUGAAAUCGAACCAAGUAUACUAUCUAAUGAUGAUUUGAGUAUACUAUCUAAUGAUGGUUUGAUAUUCGUAAGUCAACUUUUUAGAGAUUGUCCGAAUUGUCCGGAUUGUAAACGUGGGUUUGUUAAUGUCAAUUCCAUUACUG